AUGAGACGUCUUGGUAUUUUCGCUUGUGCUAUCGUCGCCGCUCUCUGUCAGCUCUCAUCAUCUUCCACAUUAGAAGGCGAGCAUGUCUGUUGGGCAAACGUCAGUGUGGUGUUGACGAAACGGAUAUCGACGACGCAGUCCUACACUAUGAGAACGUCGACAAAUUGCUGGGACCUCUGGACAAUGUUUUCAUGUACUAGAUACAAACUGCAGUACAAACAAGGCUACAGAACAGUGAGCUUCUACCAUUACGUCAACCAGUCAGUGUGUUGUGAAGGCUACGACCAAUCAUUCGGACGCUGCCAUGCUGUCUGUAUGCAAGGCUGCCACAAUGGAGGGACGUGUACAGAGCCAGGUGUAUGCGAAUGCACAUCUGGCUGGACAGGCAGCAAUUGCACUGUUCCAGCAUACGCUGACUGUAGUGCCUCCUGUGAGAACGGUGGCUGGUGCUAUACUCCAGAUUACUGCAACUGUACUGCAGGAUGGUCGGGACAAAAUUGCUCUGCAGAAUGUCUCAACGGAUACUUCGGAAAAGAUUGCAUGCACACAUGCUCGUGCAUGAACGAUGCUUUGUGUGAACGAUUCAAUGGGACGUGCACGUGUGCAGCAGGAUGGCAUGGAGAAACUUGCGAGAAAACAUGCCCGGCGCAAAAAUAUGGUGAAAAUUGCGAGAAAGAUUGUAUGUGUCAAAAUGGUGGAUAUUGCAACCCGGUCAACGGUAACUGCACCUGUUCAUCAGGCUAUAUCGGAGAAAAGUGUGAGACUCCGUGCCCAUCCUGGUAUUUUGGUCAAAACUGCACUGAGACGUGCACGUGUGUACAGUCGCAAUCCCGUGGAUGCGACAACGUCGAUGGCGCAUGCGACUGUGCGGACGGAUGGCAAGGAUCGACAUGCCAGCAUCUGUGCGAUUCAGGUCAUUAUGGAUACAAUUGCCAGAUGAACUGUUCAUGCGAGAACGAAGCCAUCUGCAACCCGUUUUCGGGAGAAUGCCAUUGUGCUGCAGGCUAUCGUGGUGACAAUUGUGACACGCUGUGCAAGGAGGGAACUUACGGCAAGGGAUGUGAGAACAAAUGUCAGUGUCAGAACAAUGCGGAGUGCAGCCCGUUUGAUGGUACUUGCACUUGCACUGGAAGAUGGACUGGUGACUAUUGUGACAGUGAAGUUUCAUGUGAAUCCGAAUGGGAAUACUGGUCUGGCAGUCAGUGUGUACUGUGUCAAUGUGACCAAGACAAUACAAUGAGCUGUGAUGCAGACAACGGUCACUGCACCUGCAUGUCAGGCUGGUCGCAACCGAACUGUACAAACCCAUGUGACGAGGACUCUUCCGAAGAAUGUGAUGAACUCACAAAAAAGAGUAAAAAUAACGGCAUUCUCAUCAUUGUUGGAAUUUUCACAGCAAUUGCAGUGCUUGUUCUCAUUGCCACCGUCGCCUUACUGAGGAGACGUCACACUCAGAAACAACUCGAGCAACUAGAAUUAACCAGACUCGGUCAAGAAGACCAUGCAGAAGGAGUGUCCAACCAUCUCACGGGGACAUUCUCAAACACAAGAAGAUAUGACUCUUCGCACCACGUGUUGAGCAAACAAGUAGCGAUAAACUCUGAGAAAGACGAGAAGUCUGUUUUAAACAACAGUCAAUCGCUGCCCGCCGAAACCCAUUCUCUUCCAUUAUUCACACUUCGAAAAUCCGACUCCGACGAUUCGAGCAUGUCCGAAGGCGAAGACGAACCAGACAUGAACAAGAAAAAGCCAUUCGACAUCCGUCCGGCACAGCUGCCCCUCUUGAAAAGGCAGCAGAGAUCAACAUACGCAACAAUCAAUUGACUCGUACUGUUUCUAUCAUAUCUUAUAAAAUUUGUAUUGUAGUUACUGCAUAUCAGCUGCAUGAAUGCUAGUGCAGGGGAAAUAUAAACAAGAG